CGAGGAAAAAGUAUUCCCUGCUGCGAUCAGGAGCGCAGUCACUUUCCUCUUGGAUUAGCCACGUAGUUCGACUGGAGGUAGUGGCUGAGAGAGUUAGUAUGCGAGAACAAUUUGAAUAAAUGGAGUCUUUUAAAAGGAAAUUAUAUCAGCGCUUCCUGUUUUUUGCGUUUUUUCUUCCAAUCUCAGGUGUUUUGUGUUUUAGUGAGUUAUUUUUUAUCAAAGAGCCCCACGAUGUUACUGUCAUGCGGAAGGAUGCCGUUAUAUUGGACUGUCAGGCGCACGGAGAGUCGCCUAUUGCCAUCAGGUGGCUUAAAAAUGGAGUAAAAGUUGCAGAGAAUGACCGCGUCUACAUUCUCUCCAACGGCUCMCUUUCUAUUYCGGAGGUGGAGAGCAGGAGAGGAGACAAAUCAGAUGAAGGGUUUUACCAGUGCCUCGCUCAGAACAAGUAUGGAGCCAUCCUGAGCCAGAAAGUCUGUCUUACAAUUGCAAGUAUCUCCCCCUUUACAAAUCAGCCAACAUCCAUUGUGGUGACAGAAGGAUCAGUCGCCCGUUUCACCUGCAAAGUCACUGCAAGCCCUCCWCCCAUCAUCACCUGGGAGUUCAAUCGGGUCAUGUUACCCCUGGCAACUAAAAGAAUCACCAUUUUGCCCAGCGGCGUUUUGCAGAUYYAYGGGGUGGAAAAAGGGGAUGCUGGGAACUAUCGYUGUGUGGCGACCAACAUCGCCAACCGUCGCCGGAGUACAGAAGCAACCCUCACUGUCACUCCAGCUCCAAGCCCCAAACUGCCUCAGAGGCCUCGUAUCAUCGCCGGGCCCCAGAAUGCCACUGUGUCCCUGCACCAAAGUGCCAUCCUGGAAUGCAUGGCUACAGGGAACCCCCAACCCCUCAUAUCCUGGAGCCGAGCCGACAGCAAGUCCAUCGAUGUUUUCAACACCAAGGUGCUGGGCAAUGGCAACCUCAUCAUCUCUGACAUCAAACCCCAACACGGAGGAGUGUACAUGUGCAGAGCCACUACCCCUGGCACACGCAACUAUACCAUCGCCACAGCCAACAUCACUGUGCUAGCGCCUCCGUCCUUGGUGGAGUGGCCGGAGAGCCUGACCCGUCCGCGUGCGGGCACGGCCCGCUUUGUGUGCCAGGCUGAGGGUGUUCCCCUGCCCCACAUCACUUGGCUGAAGAACGGAGAGAAGGUCCACUCCAACGGACGCAUCAAGAUGUACAACAGUAAACUGGUGAUCAACCAGAUCAUCCCUGAGGAUGAUGCCAUCUACCAGUGCCAGGUAGAGAAUGAGCAGGGCUCUGUGCUGUCCAUGGCCCGGCUCAUAGUGGUGAUGUCAGAGGACCGGCCCAGCGCGCCCAGGAACAUCCGGGCUGACACUGUAUCCAGCUCCGCCAUCUUGCUGGCCUGGGAGAGACCACUGUACAACUCAGACAAAGUGAUCGCCUACUCUGUGCACUACAUGAAGGCUGAAGGCUUGAACAACGAGGAAUAUCAGGUUGUCAUUGGCAACGACACAACCCGGUACAUUAUUGAUGACCUGGAGUCAGUGCGGAACUACACCUUCUACAUCGUGGCCUACAUGCCCAUGGGAGCCAGCCGCAUGUCAGACCAUGUGUUCCAGCACACCCUGGAGGAUGUGCCCCUGCGUGCUCCAGAGCUCAGCCUCACCAGCCGCAGCCCCACAGACAUCCAGGUGUCCUGGCAGCCCCUUGCAGCCAAGCUAAGCCGCGGCCRGGUGUCGGCCUACCGCUUGUCCUAUCGUACCAGCGCUGACCAGGCCGUCACCCAGCUGGAGCUUCCUGGGGAGAUGACCCAGUAUCUCCUGGAGGGCCUGCAGCCCGACACCAUCUACCUCCUCCGCAUCGCUGCAGCCACUAGCGUGGGCUGGGGGGAACAGUCAGCCUGGACCUCCCACCGCACCCCUAAKGCGUCCAGCGCCAAAGUGCCUCUGGCCCCUGAGCUACAGUUGGAGCCUCUGAACUGCACCACCAUCAUAGUGCGCUGGCAGCUGGCACCAGGAAACUCUGUCAGCGUCCAGGGCUACAGGCUGUUCUACCACGAGGAGAGCCAGGCUGAGAGUUCCCCCAUCCAGCUGCGUGUCCAGGACAACAGGCACACCAUUGGAGGCCUGGGUGAGUAGACUCCACAUAGUACACCCGCCCUAUGAUCUCACAUUGUUGCUGAUGACAUUUGUCUUGAUUUUGGAUUUCAAUUGCAAGAUUAAGAAUAUGUUCUAGUCAAUGCAUGGUUACACAAUGAAAGUCCUCCUUAAAUUGGAUUUGGAUCAAAGAUGCUCUUAAAAAACAUUUUCUGUGUCCUCACCAGGCAUGUUUAAGGUCUUUUUAGGAUCAGAAAAGCCCAUUAGUUUKGCAAGGACAAAGUAUUUUCAUGUGAGUUGUGGGGGCUCAUGUCCAUAGGUCCAGAAAGAAGCCAACCCCCCAUGACCUUACGGCCCUGGCCUGGUUUCCAAUGUAUGUCCCCCCAACAGAUUUAGAAAUAGCUGCUAGCUGGGACUGAGGAAGGGGUGUUGGGGGCAUAUGCUGGUUCUCUGGCCUCUGGGUCAAAUUCAUUUUGCCAAGUUGGAGAGUGUGGAAGGAAAGGGAGUCCCACACUACUGCAGUGGACAACUGACCAUC